GUCCCGGGGUAGCUCGGGCUCCCGGCUGCGCGAGGGGGCAUUUCCUGUUCGGCUUCUGGCGGCGGCGGGGCCAUGGCGGCGACCGAGAUCGCGCGGCAGGUGGGUGAAGGUUGCCGUACUGUCCCUCUUUCUGGACAUGUGGGAUUUGACAGUUUGCCUGACCAGCUGGUUAAUAAGUCAGUUAACCAUGGCUUCUGUUUCAACAUCCUGUGUGUGGGGGAAACUGGCCUUGGUAAGUCCACGCUGAUGGACACCCUUUUCAAUACUAAAUUUGAAGGUGAGCCAGCAUCUCACUCACAGCCCGGAGUUCAGCUGAAAUCCAGUACCUAUGACCUUCAGGAGAGCAAUGUUGGUCUGAAACUGACCGUUGUGGGCACCGUAGGCUUUGGGGACCAGAUCAACAAAGAAGACAGCUAUAAGCCCAUCGUUGAGUUCAUUGAUGCCCAGUUUGAAGCCUACUUGCAAGAGGAACUGAAGAUAAAGAGAGUCUUGCACAACUUCCAUGACUCCCGUAUCCACGCCUGCUUGUACUUCAUUGCACCCACAGGCCAUUCCCUGAAAUCCCUGGACUUGGUAACGAUGAAGAAGCUCGACAGUAAGGUCAAUAUCAUCCCUAUCAUUGCCAAAUCUGAUGCCAUCUCCAAGAGUGAGUUGACAAAAUUCAAAAUUAAAAUCACGAGUGAGCUGGUCAGUAACGGGGUGCAGAUCUACCAGUUCCCGACAGACGAUGAAUCGGUGGCUGAGAUCAACGGGACGAUGAAUGCCCACCUGCCGUUCGCAGUGAUUGGCAGCACGGAGGAGCUGAAAAUAGGAAACAAAAUGAUGAAAGCCCGUCAGUAUCCGUGGGGCACGGUGCAGGUUGAGAAUGAAACUCACUGCGACUUUGUGAAGCUGAGAGAGAUGCUGAUCCGCGUGAACAUGGAGGAUCUUCGCGAGCAGACCCACACGCGCCACUACGAGCUGUACCGGCGAUGCAAACUGGAGGAAAUGGGAUUUAAAGACACUGACCCAGACAGCAAACCAUUCAGCUUACAAGAGACUUAUGAGGCCAAGAGGAAUGAGUUUCUGGGGGAACUGCAGAAAAAGGAAGAGGAGAUGAGGCAAAUGUUUGUCCAGAGAGUCAAGGAGAAAGAAGGUGAACUUAAAGAGGCCGAAAAAGAGCUGCACGAAAAGUUUGAUCGUCUCAAGAAGCUGCAUCAGGAUGAAAAAAAGAAGCUGGAGGACAAGAAGAAAUCUCUGGACGAUGAAGUCAAUGCGUUUAAACAGAGGAAGACGGCAGCUGAAUUGCUCCAGUCUCAGGCCCAGCAGGCUGGAGGAUCACAGACUCUUAAAAGGGAAAAGGAGAGAAAAAAUUAACUGCUGUUUGCUGCAUGGUGCAUGAGGUACAUUGUCCUGUUCGGGUUUCCUGUAGAACCUUUCCCUUCGCACCAGAACCGAAUGCUCCCACAUUCAGUUAACAUGCAGUUACGCCACUGUGCCUAUUUGCCCAUCUUUACCCCCCCACUCCCUUCCUCUUCUCAUCACUCUUAAAAAAGCAAACGAGUCUGCAUCCUUGGCUGUCUUUUGGUGAAGAACCCAGCAAUAACCUGUGUGGAACUGACAAGAGAUGCUAAACGCUGCUAUCUGUUCCCCGGAUCGGUAGCACGUUUGCCAAGCGCUUUCAGAACUAGCGUUCUCUGUCCUAAAUUGUUACGAUUAUUUCUCAUGUUUGUUUCACGGCUGCAUGGUAAGAGAGCACGUCUGCUUGUUGGUUGCAUUUAGUGCCAUGACUUCCUGAGCCCUAUCACGUAUUGCCUGUGAAUGCUGUAGUCCUGCAUCUUGGUGAAAUGUGGCUGCCUAUAGAUAGUUUUCAUUUCAUGUAUAAACAUCUAAUCCAUCAUUAUUUAGAUGUGCUUUGGUUAAUUUGAGUAAUUUAAGUGACUGUUACAAAACUUGCCGUGCUAGCAGGGAUGGGCCUGCGCCAAAACCCAGAGGAUGGAACAACCCUCUGCCCCAAACUUUGGGGAAACUCAAAUCAGGAUCCAAUCCUUGCAGCAAAAUCCCUGUGAUUUAUUCCCUUUCCCAAUGGUGGACUGAACCAAAACGCCAGAUCCAAACAGCUGCCCUGCCCCCCUUUCUGGGAGGUUCAGAUCUGAUUCAGUCUAGGCUGGCCUCUUAAUUUUAUUGCCCUCUGACUGCGAUGGGUUGAAACAAACUCUGGAUCGGAACUCGGGGAACAUUGAUGGCUCGGGCCCAUAUUGACUUGCUAGAACAAACUGGUGUUUAUGAAGAAAGAUAUGUUGCAAUGUUUCCAUGUGAUUUUGUUCUUCAGGACCUGUCAAUUUUUUUAUUUUCAAUACAUAAAGUAUUGCCUAGAAAAGAUCAGCGUGUGUUCCUAAGCAGAUGCUGCCAAGUUGCUUACAUUUUCUAUUCAGCAAAAUAUUUUUUUAAUGCGCGAUUUGCACUGAAAGGGUGGGACUCUUGCCACUGACUUCAGUGGGGCCAGUAUUUCACCCCAUGGCCAGGUACACUUUGAUCACUAAAUAUACAUUUUACCACAGUCUGCAUGUAAGUGUCUUGUAUAUUUCUUGAUGGGGAAAUGUUUAAAAUAGUCUUCCUCAGACAGUGAAUUCUGGUUAACGUUACAUUUUUUUGCCCUUCUUUUACAGUAAUCCAUGGCUCUGUACUGAAUAGUAAUCCCUGAAUACAAUGGGCUGGAAUGGACCUUCAUUUACUUGUUAAAUUGGAGGUUCUAAUAUAAACUGACAGCUUCUCAUAAUAUUUCAGUCCUGGCCUUCCUAUGCAAAACUGCUCUCUUAGAUAUCUUCAUCAUGAGUCUGUCUUUACUGUGUACUGAUGGUUAUUGCUUUUAUUAAAUCAUGUAACAUAAGUCAGUAAUGAGGUUUUUGGACAUUGUCAUUUUAAAUCUCAAUUUUUUCCCCUACAUUUAAUGGACACCCCCUCCCCUCCAUAUUAAGGGAUGUGGAAAUAAGUUCUGUGCUUAUUUUUUGUGCUGUCAAAAUAACAGUACAGAUUAAAAUAUAUUUAUUGGUGAGUUUAAGAAGACGACAGCACCUAGGUUUGAUUAUGGCAUGACUGAGAGGUUAAGAACUUUCCUUGUAUCUUGGAUGCUUUGUAUAAUAGCUGUAAAAUAUUAAUUGUCUUUCUCAUUUGAUUGAUUUCCCAAGUCACUGUGCCUAAAAAUGGACAUUUUAAUCCUCAUUUGAAAUUCUUACUGGCCCUGAUCCUGCAGUCGGAUCUGUGUGCGCUGGGCUCUGCCUGGUUGCAGGGGUCUGCAGGCACAGAUCCCAUUGCAGGAUCAGGGUCCGUGUUGGCAAAUAUCACCUUUAUAACACAUUUAAACUUUUUAAAAUUCUGUGUAAGAUAAGCACACUUCAUUUUUCAUCCAGAAUGACAAUGUAUCUUUCUAUGCAGUUAUAGGCUGAGAGAGAAUUUUACCUAGAAAGAUCUGAAGUUUGCACAUCUUACAAAGUUUGAAACAAACAUCCCUCUUCCCUCCUACCCCCCCCCCUCCCCACUCAAAUACCCUUCUGGUUAAAUGGGAGCUGGUUACUUCAAUGCGUGUGACAGUUUUGCUGUUGCCAGAAGAUUAACCAGUUGUCUUCACAUGCUCAUUUUAAAGCUAAGUACUGAUUGACAUUGAUAGAUACCACUCAGGUAAACUUUUCAUUGUUUCUACUCAAUACUAUGAUUUUUAUAUUCAGGGACAAGCUUUUGGGACACAUACUGCCCCAAAUCUUUUGGAAAACUCCUGGCCCUAGGGCUGUACAUACACCUCUACCCCGAUAUAACGCAACCCGAUAUAACACAAAUUCGGAUAUAACGCGGUAAAGCAGCGCUCUGGGGGGGCGAGGCUGCACACUCCAGAUCAAAGCAAGUUCGAUAUAACGCAGUUUCACCUAUAACGCAGUAAGAUUUUUUUGGCUCCCGAGGACAGCGUUAUAUCAAGGUAGAGGUGUAGUCCUACAUUCUGAAGUAGUUAACCAUACACUGAUACAAGGCGUUCCAAAUAGUAUCAUUCUAAGGUUGGCAUAUAAUCUGUUCUCUGUGAUGUGCAUUGAUGUUAAAGGGGAGUUGAGUUUAAAGCACCAGAGUGGUGUGUGUAUUUAGUCCCCUUUCCAUCCAUAUAGUCACUCAAGUCAAGUGCUCAGUUAACAUUGUGCAGUAAUCCAUAACUGAAACUAAGGUGUGGCCUCGUUUUAGAAAUCAGGACUAUUAAAACUCUUGAUUGCAAUUUAUUUAUAUUCGUCUCAGGUAUCCUGUUUCACUGUAAAGACAAUCCCCCCCCCCUCCUACCUCCCCCCCCCAAAAAAAGCGUUGGUUUCUUUUUUAGAAGUUUAAAUAUUUUAAGCUUUUGCUUCUUUCUGCUCUGUGGAAUGUAAGCAUGUUUUCCGAAAUCGGUCAGUUUCACUUUGUCAGGGGUUCCAGGGAUUAGCUGAAAGGGGCUUUUCAUCUUGCUUUCACUUGCUGCAUUGCGGGUUGUUUUAGAUCAUUUUACUUUUUUUAUAAUGCUAUUAAAAGUAUUUUUUAAACGAG